AUGAAUCUGGAAGACACACAUUUUUUGUAUUGCGAAAACUCGACAUCAUCUGAAAUAUUAUCCGCUACCGACGAGAAAAGCGAAACCAUUAGAUCAGCACCGGAGAUCGUGGAGAUUUUUGACGACCUUUCUUGGGGAAAAACUUUUUGUGCAGAGAAAAUUAUCGAGAGUGGAUAUUAUCGUAGCCUAUUUGUAGUGAACGCAAAGGACGGCUGUGAAGAUGCGGACCCAAAAUGUGCCGAAUGGGCUUCGGAAGGGGAAUGCACUUCUAAUGCAGUUUGGAUGAUGGCCAAUUGCCGAAGGUCAUGCCACUCGUGCCAAGGUGGUGACAAGGCCUGGAAACUACGUACUCACAUCCAGUCCAACUACCAGAACGUCACUGAUAACCUGACCAGAAUCGUCCGAGUGGAAAGCGUUCGCAUCAAUAACGUGGAAAUUGAUGAGAAGAAACAGAAUGUGAAAGUGUUCGGCCGACUAGUUCUCAGCUGGAACGAUACGAACAUCGCUUGGGAUAAAAAUCAGUGGGGUUUGAGCUGGCUGAAUUUCUACUGGAUCCAGAUUUGGACCCCACAAAUUGUACAACUGAAUGGUGCCUCGACAUCAAACCCAGGACAAGUGACCAGCAAAGUUUUGGCUGCAAAUUAUACGGGACAAGUUUAUCUCUGGGCCGAUUUCUCCUUCUCAACUCCGUUCAAAUUCCAGUAUGAAGAGUAUCCUAAUGAUCUACAGAAGGUUUGCUUCAAAUUCGACGAUAAGCGUCUUCUCGCCGUACAUUUCACAGUCUCGGAUGGAGUCAAAAAUAAGGAACGAGAAGCGACAACGGACCCAUUCGUGUCUGGAUGGAAAAUUGUUGAUGUGGAUGUAAAUGAAUCUCCUCUAUCUAUAGAAUCUCUUUCUGAUCCGAAGAGGAAUCCAUUUGAUGUGCAGUCCGACAACUGCGAACUGUGCGUGUCGCUGCGAAGAAAUGCUGUAUACUUUACAGCUGAGAUGCUUCUUCCAGCUCUUAUAACCUCAUUAUUCACGAUAUCAGCAGUUUUCUUCCAGUUGUCCAAGACACAACCGAUACUGCUUGGUUUUUCUGUUGUAUCGCAGAUUCUAUCUCUCAUUCUUGUUUCUCAACGUCUACCAAGCUUCACAGCUCAUACGCCGACAAUUCUGAAAUACGCUGGCUUCAACCUUGUCGUAACGGCAGCUCUCUUUGUCAUCACCCUAAUCCUGGAGCGACUUGCCACCACCCCUGCAGAUAUCCCACCUCCACAUAGUGUGGACCGAUUUAUACAAAUUGUUGACAGGAUACUCCCUCUUCCCAAGAAAACAAAACACGAAGAUGAGUCGUUGAAGUACGCAGGAGUUGCUCAUGCAUGCAAUCAUGCCAUCUUUUCACUUGCCACAUUAGUUUACCUCUGUGUUAUACUUGAUUCUUUUGUUUUUUGA